CGCCGGCACCGCAGUAACUUACAUAAAUGCAUAGAUUUCCUGAUGUCCACUCAAAGUGCCCUCCGAGUCGAACAUGAGUGCAGCACCCACUUUACAUGCGUCACAGACGUCGGACAGCCGUCCACCCACUGCCGACGAAAAAAAACCUACCUCAUCACAGGAGGUCAUACACACAGAGCAUGCUGCUCUGGACAUGAAAGAGAAUUCAAAGGGCAUCCGAGCCUUUCUCCCCUGGUCAAAGAAAGCAUCCAAGGAAACAGAGAGCGAAGCCGAGAAUGCAAAUGCAGCGGACACACUUGCCCCCGCGUCAUUCUUAUCGCUAUUCCGGUAUUCAACUCGCUUGGAAAUAAUGUUGGACUAUUUUGGCGUCAUGUUCGCUAUUGCUGCUGGCGCUUCGCAGCCUCUGAUGACUUUGGUAUUCGGUGACAUGACCCAAGAUUUCGUUACAUUUAGUUCAGUACAGAACGAGUACUAUCAAGCGCUGCAGUCUAAUGAUGCGAACGUGAUCGCGCAAGCACAGACCGCGCUGGAUGCUGCUGCAUCCGAGCUCGUUCACAGCGCUAGCCUGGAUGCUUCUUACCUCGCUUAUCUCGGUGUCGCAAUGCUUGUUUGCACGUACAUGUACAUGUGCAUCUGGGUUUAUACUUCAGAGGUUAAUGGGAAAAGAAUACGAGAGAGGUAUCUUCAAGCCAUCCUUAGACAAGAAAUCGCUUAUUUUGAUGAUGUGGGGGCUGGAGAGGUUGCAACGCGCAUCCAAACCGACACUCACUUGGUACAAAUGGGGAUAUCAGAAAAAGUCGCUGUUUCGGUCGCUUGCAUCAGUUGUUUCAUCACUGGCUUUAUUCUUGCAUAUGCCCGGUCAUGGCGUCUCGCUCUUCCAUUGUCGUCCAUGAUUGUGUGCAUCCUACUCAUAGGCGGCGUCAUGAAAAAAUUUCUUUCCAAAUACACGCAAUUGUCCUUGAAGCAUGUUGCUGAGGCAGGUAGUCUCGCAGAAGAGGUGAUAUCCACGAUUCGCACUGCACAGGCUUUCGGGACACAGAAAAUUAUGUCCGGAAUAUACGAUAAGAACAUCGACGUAACUCGUGUCCUUGACACCAAAGCGAGUAUCUGGCACGGUAUAGGGUUAGGCUGCCUCUUCUUCGUGAACUACGCUGGAUAUGCGCUGGCGUUCGAUUUCGGAACUACCCUCAUAAAUGAGGGCAAGGCCACCGCCGGACAGGUUGUAAAUGUCUUCUUCGCCAUCUUAACUGGAUCAUUAAAUCUUGCCCUACUCGCUCCUGAAUUGCAAGCCAUUACACGUGGUUGUGGUGCUGCUGCCAAAAUUUUCGCUACGAUCGAGCGUGUCCCCGAUAUCGACUCUGAAAAUCCAGGAGGACUAAAGCCCGCAAAGGUCACUGGCGAGAUUACGUUCCAGGAAAUCAAAUUCAACUAUCCAUCUCGCCCAGACGUCCCAAUUCUCAAAGGGGUCAAUAUCACCUUCCCGGCUGGCAAGACCACUGCUCUCGUUGGCGCAUCUGGAUCUGGUAAAUCCACGAUUGUAUCUCUCACGGAACGCUUCUACGAUCCGCUCAGCGGAUCCGUUAUGCUUGACGGAACUGACUUGCGAGAGCUGAAUAUCAAAUGGCUGCGCUCUCAGAUCGGUCUUGUCUCCCAAGAGCCUGUACUUUUUGCGACGACUAUCAGUGGCAACGUCGCGCACGGUCUCAUUGGCACACAAUACGAGGAUGCAUCCGAUGAGGAGAAGCUGCGACUCAUCAAAGCAGCCUGCAUCAAGUCUAAUGCAGAUGACUUUAUUAGCCGCUUGCCACAUGGAUAUGACACUAUGGUCGGCGAGCGAGGUUUUCUGUUAUCGGGAGGGCAAAAACAGCGGAUCGCCAUUGCGCGAGCUAUCGUGUCGGAUCCGCGGAUCUUGCUCCUUGAUGAAGCAACGAGUGCCCUCGAUACUCGCUCAGAAGUGAUCGUACAGGACGCUCUCGACAAGGCAGCCGCUGGACGAACCACCAUCACCAUUGCUCAUCGUUUGUCAACGAUUAAAGAUGCUGACUGCAUACUUGUAAUGGGCGAUGGUCUCGUACUGGAGCGAGGGACUCAUGCGGAACUUCUGGCAGACGAGAAUGGGGCAUACUCUCGUCUCGUCGCAGCUCAAUCUCUCCGCGAGGGUCAUGAAGAUGAUGAUCUGAAUGGAGUGGUAUCAAGUGACGAGACAGACUUGGAAAAGCCUAGGCCAGAGGAACUCCUCGAACGGAAGAGCACCAUUCACUCCAUCGGAAGCGACGUUGUCAGUCAAUUAAAGGAGAAAGUAGGGGACAAGGCUCCAGAGGGAGACUACGGUUUAUUCUAUUUGAUGAGACGCACUGCUAUUCUUCACCGCAAAGGGCUUCAUCGUUACUUGAUCGGAUUUUUCUUUGCCAUAUGCAAUGGUGCUAUUUAUCCUUCCUCUGGUAUCAUCUUUGGGCAAGCGAUCUCCGGCUUUAGCGCGACCACGAAUGCCGAGCGCAGCUACCAAGGUAACCGGAAUGCUCUCUGGUUUUUCAUCCUUGCCAUUCUGAGCGCCUUGUGUAUGGGUUUCCAGAACUACUUCUUUGCUUCUGCUGCCGCUGUCUUGACUGCCAAGCUCCGUUCGCUGAGCUUCAAAGCCAUCCUCCGACAAGACAUCGAGUACUUUGACGACGACAAGAACAGCACUGGCGCUCUGACGUCAAGCUUGAGCGAAAACCCUCAGAGGGUAAAUGGUCUCGCUGGCAUAACUCUGGGAACAAUCGUCCAAUCUAUCGCCACUCUAGUGGUUGGUUUGGCCAUUGGCUAUGCAUAUGCUUGGAGGGUGGCCGUUGUCGGCAUGGCAUGUAUCCCUCUCUUGGUUUGCGGUGGCUAUAUACGUUUGCAAGUCGUUGUUCUGAAAGAUCAGAGGAACAAGAAAGCGCAAGAAAGUUCCGCUCAGAUUGCCUGUGAAGCUGCUGCUGCCAUUCGCACCGUUGCAUCAUUGACCCGAGAAGAGCACUGUCUUAAUAUUUACAAACAGAGCUUAGAAGCCCCCAUCAGAAAAUCCACUAGGACAGCGCUGUGGAGCAACUUGCUGUAUGCAUUCUCUCAGGCCAUGGGAUUCUGGGUGACGUCUCUAGCCGUUUGGUAUGGCUCGACGCUCGUUUCUCGGCUGGAGUUAUCCACACAAUCAUUCUUCGUUGCUUUAGUGAGCACGGUAUUUUCCUCAUUGCAGGCUGGUAACUUCUUUACUUUUGUGCCUGAUGUCUCAUCGGCCAAAGGGGCCGCCGACGCAAUUAUCAGGCUCCUUGAUUCGACUCCUGCGAUUGAUGCAGAGUCAACUGGAGGCAAAAGCGUUCCGACCGAAACUAUCAAAGGCCUUAUACAGCUGGAGAACGUUCGUUUCAGUUACCCCACCCGUCCCAGAACCCAGGUUCUUCGUGGCCUCUCGCUUACCGUCGAACCUGGAACCUAUGUUGCCCUAGUCGGCUCUAGCGGUUGCGGUAAAAGCACGGUCAUCCAGUUACUAGAGCGUUUCUACGAUCCACUUUCCGGACGGAUCUCGCUCGAUGGAGAGCUUAUUGACGAGUUUAACGUCCAGGCAUAUCGACAGCAGAUUUCACUUGUCUCACAAGAACCUACUUUGUACGCGGGAACUAUCCGCUUCAAUAUCUUGCUCGGUGCUACAAGACCAGAAUCCGAGGUCACGCAAGAAGAGAUCGAGGCUGCCUGCCGUGGUGCCAACAUACUAGAUUUCAUUCAAUCACUUCCAGAUGAGUUCAAUACCGAAGUCGGUGGCAAGGGAUCGCAGCUGUCGGGAGGCCAGAAACAACGUAUAGCAAUCGCUCGCGCACUGCUUCGGAACCCAAAAGUUCUUCUACUCGAUGAAGCUACAUCAGCCCUUGAUUCGCACUCGGAAAAGGUAGUGCAAGAAGCUCUUGACAAAGCCGCGAAAGGUCGCACCACCAUUGCUAUCGCCCACCGUCUUUCUACUAUCCAGAACGCUGAUCGCAUACAUUUUAUCAAGGAGGGCAGAGUCUGCGAAUCUGGCACCCAUGAUGAACUUCUUGCGCUGAGAGGAGAAUAUUACGAGUUCGUCCAGCUGCAAGCACUGAGCAAGAAGUAGCGGUAAUUUAGAUGAUGUCGGAUGGGUCUAACUCAUCCAUACUUUAGAAACCUAGAGCAAAUCGGUAAUUUCAUCUUUCUAGAACUAUACAAGAGACAAGGGACCCAGAGUUCAGUAUUAAUAUUGUAUGUCUGGUGGUUCAUCGACUAUACUAUCAUACUUGCCAGAGACCUGGACGUUCGAA